UGUACACAUUAUGUAUGACUCAUCAAGUCGUUUGAAUUUCUGCACUUGUAAAGCGAAAACUUUUUUUAGUCCUUUUCUUGAAGAGGGUAGUUGUGAAUCCUGUACAUUUGGCUCUGUGUAUAUAAUAAAAAAUGAAGAGCGAUUUCUUCCUUAAAAAGAAGAUCUCUGAGUCUGUUCAAGUUCCACAAUUUUAUUUUUGGAAGCUACAGGAAUUUCAUUCUCCAUGAUGCUACAACUUCAGGUACAUUUCCUUCAAGUUGUGGAAAUUUUUGAGAGGGAAAAUUAUUGAGUUUCGACAACUGUUUAGGGCUAAAUAGUAAAUAUAGGCCAUUGUAACUCAUGGGUUUCUGUUUUGUAUCUUCCAGGAAUAGGGUCAGAGACAAGUAUUACGCUAUUCAAAGACUGAAUUUUUUUACUAUAAUUUUGCUCGGCAACCUCAAAUUAUGGAUGCCUGUGUUUCAGAUGUUACAAAAGAAUUUGGCAAAGAAACAAAGGGUUUAAGUGAUACUGCUAUUGGUGAAGUUCCGGCUUCAUAUGAUAUGAAUCCGACAGAGGCCGAAUCCUUAGACUUAGAGAACAAUGGCCUAUUAUGGCUCCCUCCUGAGCCAGAAGAUGAGGAGAACGAUCAAGAACCCAUUCUAUCUGAAGAUCAUGCUUCUGCAGGAGAAUGGGAUCGCUUGCGCCCGUCCAGCAGCUUUGGUAGUGUGGAUCAUAAAGUAUUAACCGAGGAGCGGAGGAAGGCUAUGAAAAACGUGUUUGAUAGGCAUUUUAGAAGUUUGAUUUCUCAGUUAUUGCAGGAGGAAGACCUACCUGUUUAUGAAGUAGAGAGUUGGUUAGAAAUUAUUACGUCUCUAUCAUGGGAAGCUGCCACACUUUUGAUACCACAUAUGAGGAGAAAUGGAGAAAUGAAUCCCGGUAAAUAUGUGAAAGUGAAAUGUGUAGCUUGUGGGCAACGUAGUCAGAGCAAGGUGGUUAAAGGGGUUGUUUGUAAAAAAGAUGUAGCGCAUCACCAAAUGACAUCAAAAUUUGACAAACCUCGAUUGUGUAUCCUUGGAGGGUCUCUUGAGUACCAAAGGGUGACAAACCAUCCAUCAAGCUUUGAUACUUUGUUGCAGCAGGAGAUGAACCAUUUAAAGAUGGAUUUUGCGAAGAGUGAUUCUGUUCAUCCAGAUGUCCUUUUAGUAGAAAAAAAUCUAUCCCAACAUGAUCAGGAUUAUCUUCUUGCAAAAAAUAUAUCUCUUGUUCACAAUAUAAAGAGGCCCCUUCUGGAGAAUAUAUCGCGUAGUACUGGUGCAAAAAUUGUGCUUUCUCUGGACCAUCUUACUGGCAAUGACCUGGGAUUUUGUGACUCAUUCCAUGUUGAGAAAUUCCUUGAAGAUCAUGGUAGUGCUGGUCCAGUUGGAAAAAAUUUGACCAAGGCAUUGAUGUUUUUCGAGGGCUGCUCAAAGCCAUUGGACUUUGCGAUUGUAUUGAAAGGUGCCCAUGGCGAUGAGCUGAAGAAGGUGAAGCGUGUACUGCAGAAUGGAUUUUUGGUAGCUUAUCGUUUGGCUCUUGAGACAUCCUUUCUUUCUGAACAAGGAGCCUCUUUUAGUGAAGAAUUUUCUCUUCCAGCUUUUGAUAAUCAGAGUAUUCUGGUAAUACCAAUGAGUAGAUGUAUCUGGAAAGGGUCUGUAUGUGAGACUUCAAAUAUCAUCAGAAUCAAUUACUAUGGAUCUUUUGAUGUACCUUUAGGCCAAUUUUUAUUGGAGCAAUUGUUUGAUCAGAACUUCCGUUGCCACGUAUGUCAAAUGCCACCUCAAGCACAUAGGCGGUGUUAUACUCAUCAACAAGGCAGCAUUGUGAUUUUGGUGAAGAAACUGCCUGAAAUUCUCUUGCCUGGAGAGAAAGAAGGAAGAAUCUGGACAUGGCACAGGUGUCUUAGAUGUCCUCACGCAAAUAAUUUCCCGCCUACAACCAAGAGAAAAUUAAUGUCUGAUGCUGCAUGGGGUUUAUCUUUUGGAAAGUUUUUGGAACUGUGCUUUUCAAAUCAAGCUGCUGUCAAUGGGGUUGCAAGCUGUGGUCAUUCCCUGGGUCAAGAUUGUCUGCAGUUUUAUGGUUUUGGGAGUAUGGUUGCUUGUUUCUACUAUACACCCAUUGACGUGCAUACUAUCCAUCUCCCGCGACCAAAGCUUGAAUUCAAUCAUGAUCCUCAGGAUUGGAUAAAAAGAGAAGCCGAUGAGGUCUGCAGGAGGGCAGAACAAUUAUUUUCUGAGGUUGUCAGAUCUCUUCAUCAGAUAUCUGAAAUAAGUCCAGUCAACAAUGGCGAUAUAGUUCCAGAAUUGGUUCAACAAUUUGAAGAGCUGGAAGUAAUGCAACAGAAGGAGAAAAGAGACUUUGAGGUAUCCCUACACCAAGUGAUCAGCAGGACAGUAGCAGAUGAUCAACCUGCCAUUGAUAUUCUUGAGAUAAAUAGGUUAAGGAAGUACUUAGUUAUUCAGUCUUAUGUCUGGGACCAGCGUCUAAUACAUGUAUCCACUUUGAAAGACAAUCGUCUUCAUGGAAUUAGCAAUUUGAUGCCGAAACUAAAGGAAAAUGCCAUUAAUCCUGGUCAGCCUGCCAAGAUGAUCACAACGUCUAGGCUCAGUGAAGGAUUCAGUAGCCGCGGUUCUUUUCUUCUGAGUUUAAAUCCCAGUGUUACAUUUAAUCAAGGAGGAAAUGGCGAGUCACGUGAUGGGAAUCAUGGCAGUGAUUCUGCAGCAAUUCUAAAUGAUCAGUUCAUCCCUGAGAAUUUCACCACAAAUGAGCAGAAGCUUAAAAUGAUUAGUAACUAUCGUCCUGUUUACAUCUCAUCAUUUAGAGAAUUGCUGGAUCAAGGUUGUGACAGGCUGCUGCUACCUGCGGGUAUUAACGAUAUUGUCCUUCCUGUUUAUGAUGAUGAACCAACCAGCAUCAUAGCAUAUGCACUUACAUCAGUAGAUUACCACAAUCAAAUGGUAAGUGAUCCGGUAAAUGACCGCUUGGAGUCAUCUUCUUCGAUGGUAAUCUUAGAGCCGGAGAAUCUUUUUUCUCCUACUUCCCUUAAUGGUGCAUCUCGAGAAUCCCUUAGAAGCCCAGGUUCAGCUAAUGAGAGCAUCUCCUCAACUUCUGUAACUCAAGGCUUUACAACCAUGGAUCAGCAUUUUUACUACAAGCCAUUGCAUGUCAUAGUAUCAUUCUCAGACAAUGGUCCACUGAGGAAGGUCGAGUAUACCGUGACUUGUUACUACUCUAAGCAAUUUGAGGACUUAAGAAAAACUUGCUGUCCUUCUGUAUUAGACUUUAUACGAUCUCUAAGUCGCUGUGAGAAGUGGGAUGCACAGCGCGGCAAGAGCAGUGCCUUUUCUGCAAAGACUUUGGAUGAUCGAUUCAUUAUUAAGCAAGUCACAAAGAUGGAACUCGAUUCUUUCCUUAAAUUCGGACCUGCUUACUUCAAAUACUUGUCUGAGCCUCGGAGGGACGGAAGCGCCACUUGCCUCGCAAAAUUGUUGGGUAUUUAUAAGGUUACAUCAAAAGAUCUUAAGGGGGGAAAGGAAUCCGAGAUGAAUAUAUUGGUAAUGGAAAAUCUUUUUUUCAAGCGAAAUAUCACAAGACUGUACGACCUAAAAGGUUCUACUCGAUCACGGUAUAAUUCAGAUUCAAGCGGAAGCAACAAGGUUCUUCUAGAUCAAAACUUGAUAGAAGCAGUAGCAACUUCUCCAAUAUUCUUGGGAUCCGAAGCAUGUCGGUUGCUGAAGAGAGCUGUUUGGAAAGAUACUUCAUUUCUAUCAUCUGUAGAUGUGAUGGACUAUUCCUUACUAGUUGGGAUAGAUGAAGAGAAGCAUGAGUUGGUAGUUGGGAUAAUUGAUAUCCUGAGGCAGUAUACAUGGGACAAGCAUCUGGAGACCUGGUUUAUGGUUGCAUUAGACAUUCUUGGGGGCUCCAAGAACUCAAGUCCGACCGUGAUUUCUCCCACCCAAUAUAAGAAAAGAUUCAGGAAAACAAUUCCUGAUAAUUAUUUUGUAGUGGUGCCAGAUCAGUAGUGAUCAUCCUUUCAAAUUUGCUAGGAAGUUUGAUUCUGUAAUGUCAUCUUGUCCUUGUACCAUAAUUUGCCCUUCUGUAUAAUAAUAAU